UGGAAUAAUCUAGUUGGGGAUGGUCCUACUUUGAGCAGAGGGCUAGACUAGAUGACCUCCUGAGGUCCUUUCCAACCCUCAUUUUCUAUGAUUCUUUGAGAUCUUGUACAGGGCUUGUUCCAAGAUCAGGGGCUAAAUAUGCCCUGCAGAGAGAUUGCUAAGGUGUGUUACAAGCAUGGUUGUAUCCUGGAUUACAAAUUUCACCAAAUUGAUCAUUCAAGUCCAUUAACUGCUUAAAUGGGACGGAUUCCUCUCUUCUUGGGCCUGUACUAAUCCCAGAUGUACAGGCUCUCUUACAGUUUGCCCCUUCCUAAAUUAUACUUAUCCUUGUCUUUUUCGGUUUCACAGAUACAAAUGCAGUGGUCACCAGCACCUUAAACAAGAGGCCACCAAAUGAUGAUCUCAAUAUUGCCAAAAUGGACUCCCUCAAUAACCUCCCAUCACCAGUCUUCCUUUCUUCCUCUCUACACAACCAGGUCUAGGCUCCUUAGCUUCUGGGACCUCCAAGAGAAUGUAGAAGACUGCAACAUGGAAAAAAAAUCCCAUUAUGCUAAGAAAGACAUGAUCCUGAGGGAAAUGCCUCCUGCCCUGGUGGUGGUACUGCUUCUGGCUGUCCUGCUCCUGAACAUCCUCCUUUAUCUGUACCUCAGUAGUUUUUAUGUGUCCUCCAGCCAUCUGGAUUUGGAUCCCAAUCUCUGCCCCUCUGGGUACUUCAGACUAGGGCCUCUCAAAAAUUGUUCGCCAUGGCUGUCUUGCGAAGCCAUAGAUAAAGAAGUCAGGAAGCUGAAAUGUGUUGGUGAAGGAGCUGUAAAAAAGGUCUUUCUUUCAGAGUGGAAGGAAAGCAAAGUUGCCCUUUCACAACUCACCAACUCAGAGCUGGAGAAUGACUUUCUCCAUGGAUUGAAGAUGCUAAAAUCUCUACAGAGCAAGCAUGUUGUGAAAUUGCUUGGCUAUUGCAAAGAGCAGUACACAAUCCUAACAGAGUAUCACCCACUAGGCUCCCUGAAGAGUCUGAACGAAACAUUGGACCUCCCCAAGUAUAGGGGCUUGAAUACAUGGCAUCAUAGAUUCAUACUUGCCAUAGACUAUGUGAGAAUCCUUCACUAUUUGCACAACAGUCCCUUGGGCACCUUAGUGAUGUGCGAUUCCAACGACCUGGAUAAGGUGCUGUCACAAUAUUUGCUGACGAGUGACUUUCAUGUCGUGGUGAAUGAUUUGGAUGCCUUGCCUCUUGUGAACCGGAGUGCUGGCAGACUGGUAAAGUGUGGCCAUCGGGAACUCCAGGGUGAGUUUGUAGCUCCUGAACAGCUUUGGCCAUAUGGGGAGGAAGUGCCAUUUGAUGAUGACCUCAUGCCUCCGUAUGACGAGAAAACAGACAUAUGGAAAAUUCCUGAUGUCUCCAAUUUCUUGCUGGGGCAUAUCGAAGGCAGUGAUAUUGUCAGGCUGCAUUUGUUUGAUGUGCACAUGGAGUGCAAGAAGAACAACCCAGUGGAAAGGCCUUCUGCCCAAAUGGUUCUGGACACAUACAGAAAAGUUUUGACAUCUCUGAUCAGAGAAGUUGCCAUGCCUGGAACAAGGGAAAUGUUGUAAACAAUUGUGAGAGAGGGGCUUCUACAGAGCUUUGGCCCUAUGGGGAGGAGGUGCCAUUGGAUGGUGAUCUCAUGCCUCUGUAUUAUGAGAACACUGACCUGGAAAAUUCCUGAUGUCUCCAAUUCUGUGGACUUACUGUGGUUGACAUCCCUUUUAUUUAUUUAGCACCAAAAAUGUACAGAGUGGCAAAGGCUCAUAAGGAUCCUGCCCCAGAGAACUAAGGAGACAAAACCAACACUAAAAGGGUUGAAAAAUGGCAAGGUGGUUUUGUGACUAUUUUUGGAUUUUUUUAACCAAAAGCCCAGUUUGGGAGAGCUCCCAGCACUACUACUUUUUUUCCAUUGUGUCACCAAAAAAAGAUUGGGGUGGGAGGGAGGGGAGGAGAGAUGAGGUACAGUGCAAAGGAGAAGGGUUUUUUGGUUUUAAAAAACCAAAUGUAUUUUGUUUUUCCAUCCAAAAAUUAGAAAAUGUCUUUAUAAAACGCAUUCCAUUCAAAUGUUUGGUUCUUUCUUUAGGGCUUUUUGGGGUUUUUUUUUUUAAGAAAAGGCCUGUUUUCAUUGAAAAAUUGUUUAAAUUAAAAUUUUUGACCAAUUUUAACUUACCUGCACUCCCUCUUAGAAUUAAAACAGCAGCUGGUCAGAAAAGAGUGCACAUCCUAAGUUUCUCAGUUGUAGCAACAUGCUGAAGCCUGACCUAAUGGCUGCCCAGUUCUUUAUUGGACUGUGCAGAUCUUAUUGCUUGGUUUUCUGGGGAGUAGGCUGAGUGAGCUGAUGUGUAUGGGGCCCCUGUAAUUGGGGCAGGAUCCUGUACUGAUGACUACCCUGAUGUCUGCAGCAUGAGCAUCUCCUGCUUCCUUGGCUGGGAGGCGGAGAUAAACUACAGAUUAAUAUAGGAGCAAAGGCCUAGCUGUUUCCUGACUGUCAAAGCCCUCACUGCCCAAAAUAGCUACGGUUAACUUCUUCCCUCCAGUUUUAGGGAAGCAGAGUGAUUUCUGAGUCGAGCAGAGGAAAAUUUGGUAGCGCAUAUGUUCAGCCAUGCUGUCACAGUUUUGUCCCUAUACCCUAUCACCAUCAUAUUUAUUCAGCUCCUACCAUUAUUUUGGCACAUUACAGAGAUGCAAACAGUACAGUGCCCUCCUCCAAGAAGAUUACACUCCAAGCAGGCAACUCCCAGACAAAGGAAAGGGAGAUGCAUUGCCUUGAUUUUCAAAGCCUGGCCCUUUUCUCCUGAUACAUUCUCAUAUGGGCUUAUGAGGGCAAGGACCUACAAAUUUAGACACUCUCUUUAUUCACUCCUGUUCAGAAAACCCCCUCUCCUGCCUUCAGUUGAAAAGAGGGACUAGCUCUUCCCAUUCACCUUUCCAUGAUAGCAGUAUCCUUAUGACUCAAUGGAAAGAUGUUAAUAAUCAUAGGAAAAAAAUUCUCUUUAGAACAUGAGAACUGCCAUUUAUUGUGUCAGACCGUUGGUCCAUCUUGCUCAGUAUCCUGUGUCUCACAAUGGCAGAGAGUGGGUGCUGAAAGGGAGAGUAAACUGGGUAUGGUCAGGGUUUUUUCACCUGUUCCUCUCCCACGUGCAGCUUCUAGCAUUUAAAGCCUAGGAAGUUCUGACUGGACCCUUAAAUGGCAUAAAUAAAGGAAGAGCUGGAAAAUGCAAGGCCUCCUGUAUUUGGAAGACAAAAUUCUUGUGGGGCAUGCCCCAAAGUCCAGUGAAGCUGACAGUCCUUUGGCUUCACUGAUCUUGAGCUGAAGCUAUUAGGAUGCCUAUACAUGAACAUCAAGCUUUAGUUAAAGUGCCCCCAACACCAUUUUUAACCACAGGGGCACUGAUGCACAGGAUGCUCCAAGUGCUUAAAUUAGAGCGGUUCAGAGAGCCAUUCUAAUUAAAGUGCCCCCCUUCCCCACCCCCCACAACUCCCAGAGCACAUUUACAAAUACCCUUAGUUCCUGGACAUCCUGGGAAUAAACCUGAGAGAAGUACCUGGAAAAAGAAUAGUCAGAGAACAAGAAUGCCUUAUUCCAGCAACAAAGCUUGUUUUUAUAGAAUUGUGCUCUGCCCUCUCUGCCUCAGUGGGCCUGUUGAAUAUGUGCACAGUAUUCAUGAGAGAGAUUAACUUUGUAGUUAUAUAUAUUAACCUACAGAAAAUUAAAUCAUGCUGUCUCAAAGACCUUGGAGUCUGCUAGUGGCCACUGCCAUUGUGUUAACCUCCAAAGCAACCUACUGCAUUGGAAAUGCAUGGUGUACUUCUCUUGGAGACAAACUUUUGUUCUUUCUUGUUCUGCACACGGAUGGUUGAUUUGGUAUGGGAAGAGCAUCCUGUGCCCUCUGAAGGAGUUGCUCUGAGUGUGAUUGUUAGUGAACUGCUUGCUUCUCAGCCAAAAAAUGUUUUCCAAGCAUGUAAAUGCUUUAAAAAAGGAAGCAGCAAGACUGUAUUUGUAGCAUUUUUUAUUGCCAUUCUCCUUGUUGUUUUCAGUUUAGCAUUAAGCUUUAGGAAUCCAAAAUCUGCCUGUCCUAGAGUACUAUGCUUUAUAGUUUCUCACUCAGCAGAGUUAAAUACCAGAGGAGAUAUUUUCUAUGAAGUUACAUGUAUUGUAUUAUACUGCUACCCUGGCACAUGUUUUCCUUCAAAUGGAUAUGUUACAGCUCUUCACAAUUUGUGUCCUCAAGUGUCUGUAUAGGACAUUUACCAUGUAGUUUUCAUGUCUCUGAUUAUCCAUGGCCCAUUCAACUUAUUACAUUUUACAAAUUUUGUUCUAUAACCCCUUUUUCUGCCCCAGUGACUCCCCUUUCUGGCAGCCUCACUGCUCCACCCAUCAGGAAGCAUAAGGCAAAGAUCAUAAGCCAAUAUAUUCUAAAAGGCCAAGCAGUUUUUGGAUGCUUUAAGUUAUUUUGGGGAUCCUGACCUAAAACCCCUUAAGGAAGGUUAAAAAGAGUGGUUUCGUGUCAUUGAUUUCCAUGGGAGAGCUCUCAGGGUAUGAUGCUACUCAAUGGGCACGUCUACACGUGAUGCUACAUCGCCGUAGCAAUGCACUACAGCAACAUAGGUUCAGCCGACACAAACAUGAUGCUGCAGCUACAUGACCGUUGUGAUGUGCUCCCUCAUUAUAGUGCAUUGCUAUGGUGAUGUAGCAAUUAAAAAUAACCAUGUGCCAUCAGAACGGCGCAGUAACAGCUGUUACUGCACUGUCAUUUAGUACUUUGUAAAGGAAGUAGCAAGUGACAGCACAGUGACAACAGCACCAUGGGGGCAUGUGUAGAUGUGCCCAGUGUGAGGAAAGUUACCAGAAUCUUCUUCAUUUGAAUGUGCUGAUCACAGUGAAGUCAUUUUCAUUUUAGCCCUCCAUGAAAGACAGCUGGAAAAACAUUCUGCUGCAGGGAGUAAAAGUGAGACACCACGUUUUAAAGAGACAACAGCAAACCCAUAUUGACUGCACAAGUCUCUCAGUAAAGAGAGCUCUGCUUGCUUGUUUCAAAGCACUAUACCCUCCAAGCAGCCAUGCUUCGAAUGAAUGAACAAGGACAAACUGUAGCCCUAAAAAAAAAUAAUCUUACCAUGGAAACCUCCAUCUUCAUUCGUGGAGGAAGGUAUUCAUUUUGAUGGGACAGCUUUCAGAGUGAGAUGCUACUCAGACUGAGGAAAAUUACCAGAAGUGUUCCCUUAUUAUAUGCCUUGAUCAGAGUGAAGCAGUGUUCAAUAAGGGAGGCAACUCCCCGAUACAAAGAACAUAGGAGAGAGUCACUGUGGCAAUAUCAUCUUGGUUCAGGAGACCUUGGGUUACAGAGCACUGGUCAUCUCAGGUUCCUGGUUGGUCCAAUCCUGCCUGGAGAUGUCUGGAGUUCACGGCACUGUCUCAGGUAGGUAGUUUAGCCCUCUUGGGCUCUCAUUUUCAGAGGCCCCUUCCUGGGGCUGCCACCACUUCCCCUCAGUGGGGCUCUGCUCCAUUCUGGGCCCACCGGGGAACCCACUUCUGGUCCCUCUUCUCUCCCUUCCAUCCUCUCAUCUUCAAGGGGCUGGCCGGUGAAUCAGUGCCGGUAUGCUGCCGUAAAGUGUGCCCAUGCCAGCGUGGGAGCCAGUCCUGGCUCCUCCCAGACCCAUUGCUCUUUUUUUUUUCCUUCCGGUGCGGCAUUUUUCCCUGCCGCAGCUUCUCUCCCACCAUACUUAUGGUUUGGUGCAGCGUCCUGCUGGCUCCUCUCAUCUUCCUCUUCAGGUAAAUUUAUCUCUAUGGCCUUGUGCCUGCCACAAUAUGCUUAACUUUUCAAGUGAGUGAGACUUGAGAGCAUGCCUCAAGCAUGCACUUAAGUGCUUUCUUGAAUCAGUGUCUAAAUAGAGAGCAAGGACCCUAACUUUAGACUCCUACUUUGACAGCAUGGGUCCUUGCUUUCAGUAAAUCAUGCUGCCUCAUGUUUCCUUGUUUAGGGCCUGCUCCUGAAAAUGGCCAAGCAUGUCUGGCUGAAUGCUCCUCUCCUUCCUUGAAAUGCAGUAGGAGUCACUGGAUGCUCUGCAUCCCUAAAAAUUGAAUCACUUUAGACCAGAACCACACUAGAACUAGGGACAGAAAUUAUACAUAAACCAGUAUAAAUGGUCAGAAACUGGUUCAAAUCUGUAACACAACAGAAGUUCAGUGCACAUAAACUACUUUCAACAUGGCCAAAACUGGUUUAAGAUUAACCUGGAUAGAUGUAGUAUCAGGCUUAACUUAUUUAAGUUAAACCAGUUUAUUGAACUUCCAUCCCAGAUCCCCUCCAGAUUCAAGUUAACUCUCAGCUCCCCAGCAUCUCGGGAUGCUUUGCCUCCUCCCUUGCGGGCUAACCUUGGUACAAGCUAGCUGUCUGAUCCAGCUGAGCAGGUAGGCAUGCUGUAGCACCCUCCAGCUGUAGCAUGAACUGAACUAAUGUAGCUGAUAUUAACAUAAAGUGUAAUAGUAGUGAAAUGUAAUCAUGUUAGUCUUGUCCUGUAAGCAACUUGAAAACUCCAUUUUGUAUCCUUCUGUUUGACAUAAGUGAAUGAACUCUGCAUAGCCUUUAUGUGUGUGUGUGUGUAAAAAGGUGAAUGGUGAAAGAAUGGAAUAGAGACAGGCAAAGAAGAUUUAACUGUUUAUGUAAGCAACAAGGCGCCAAAUGUAAGUUACCAGUCAGUAAACUAAUUAAUAAAUGGCUGAAGAAUCUCUUUUAGGCCUAGGGCACAAAGAAGAUAACGAGGAGAAGGAAUGCACCCAUCCUGCCAGACGGGCAGCAAAAACACUCCAAGGCUGAGAUAAGCUGAAGAAAAAGAAGAACAACUGCAAAAAUAGAAGCUGGGUAUGGCAAAACCCCAGAGCACUGAAACAAAGGAUGCCAAUCCCUAUAAAAGAACACUUUGAAAAUGCCAAGUUGGGAGAUGGAACACUAUGAAAUAUACCAAAUAUCACGUGACCUGAAAUGCAAUUACAACAGUUCAUCAUUAUGAGGUGGAGAACUCAGACACAAAAAAUAAUUGUGUUGCUACCUGCACAGUUGUGUGUGUGAGGUGGAGAUAAUCUGGGUCAUAUCUUCUCUUGCAUUUUGGCUGUCAGAGUGAGAGACUAAGACUCUGAAGGGGAUGAGCAUUGCAUUUCAUUACCUGAACCCAAAAGUCAACAGUGGACAAAGCAGCAGUGCAGUCAAAUGGAUCAGGUGGAUGAUCACAAAAAUCUCUUCUUGGCAAGCUGGUCAGUCUGGAGAUUUCAUCAUGCUGCUAAAAGGAAAACAUGGAACCCACAGAGCGCUGCAACUGAG